UUCUCUGAAGCCAACCCUGAAGACAGGACUGCACCCUCUGCUUAGAAGAAGGAAGCCACAGUUUCCCCUUCCUUCUGCAGAAGGAAGAAGUGAUCACGAAAGACAGUACCCAGAAGGCUUUCCUCUCAACUACCCUGAUGGACGCCUUUAGUCUCCUCUCUGGGCUGCCUCAUUCAUUGCUGCUGCUGCUCCUUCUGCAAAUUUUUGGUGCCCAAGGCCAGGAUCUGCAGGUGGUGCAGCCUCCAGGACCCUUGUCAGUGUCGGCAGGAGAGACCCUCACUCUGAAUUGUGACUUGAUUGGGCGUAGUCCACCAGGAGGCGUGAGAUGGCACAAGGGCUCUGACAGAAAGCAGCCACCCAUUUACAGUGACCGAGAAGCGUAUUCUUCCCGGGCAACCAGGAUUUAUAAUGUAUCACAAACAGACUUCAGCAUCCGCCUCAGCAACAUCCGACCCGAGGAUGCCGGGACCUAUUAUUGUGUCAAGUACAGGGCAGGAAGCCCAGAGACGGAAUACAGAUCAGGAGCGGGCACUGAGGUGUCUGUGAUUGCCACCCCAUCCCAACCAUCUAUCAGCGGCCCCACGAGCAGAGUGCAGUCGGGAACCUCGGCAACUUUCAACUGCACCUCGGACAGAUUCUCCCCCCGAGAGAUCAGAGUCACCUGGCUGAAAGGCAUGAGCUGGAUCAAAGCCCCAAAGCCCAUUGUUUUGCCAGAAGGCGAGAGCAUCUCCUACCAAGUCCGGAGCACAGCAGAGGUGCCACUCACAAAAGACGAUGUGAAGUCCCAGCUCAUCUGCCAGAUCGACCACGAAACCUUACAGAGUCCCCUGCAAGAGGUUUUUAGACUUGGAGAGAUCCUAAGAGUUCCACCCAGAGUGCAACUGGAAACCAAGCCACUCAAUCCCAUCCAGCUGAACGUCUCGGUGACCAUCAGCUGCAGCGCGGAAGGAUUUUACCCGGAUGACAUCGGCCUGGUCUUGUUGGACAAUAACAACAACAAGAGCGAAAUCGGAACGGCUGAGUCCGUGACUGAGAAUAGAGAUGGGACGUUCACCCGCAGGAGCUCCCUGGAGGUGGAGGCGACAGAAGAGAGAAACCAUUCCGUAUUUAUUUGCCAGGUUAAGCACAACUCCCUGGCUACAAUUAAUGCAACAACCAUGCUGAUAAUCAGGGCAACGGCUGGAGAAAGUGGAAGUUUCGGUCAAAAGCCAGGUCAGUGGCUGGACUCCAGCACCAGCCUCUGGAUCGGACUUGUCCUGGCUAAACUUGUACUUGCCCCUUUCCUUUUAUACCUUUUCCUAAGAAAAGAAGGUGGCAAGAUGAAUCCAAGAUGCACACCUGUGAGUCCCCAUGGACAGGGACUGGCAGAGGGUUCUAUUUAGAACUUGUGUGCAUCUCAAGGUGAUGGUGGACAAUGCCCUACACAGCUGAGGACCAGGAUACUUAAAAGAUCAUCUCACCCCUUAUAUGCCUAACCUAUCCCUCUGCUCUGCAGAAGAGGGACUCCUGCAGAUACCAUCUCAUCAAGAAGUCCUUUUUGUUAGGCCUUUAGUGUGGUGGCACCUACCUGUUGGAAUUUCCUCCCAUUACAGAAUAGACAGGCACCAUCUCUGUUGUCUUUUUGGCACCUGUUGAAGACUUUUCCUUUUUCAGCAAGUGGAGAUUUUUAUUCUGUAUCUGCGUUGGAUUGGAAAUUGUUUUUAUGUACUUUUUUAUUGUUAAUCACUUC